AUGGAUAUUCUUAUCGUCGGCGCGGGAAUUGCUGGCCUCGGCGCUGGAGUUGCUCUACGCAGAGCAGGUCACAGAGUGACGAUCCUCGAACAAUCUUCAUUGCUGCAUGAAGUAGGCGCAGCCAUUACUAUUAAGCCCAAUGCCUCGCGCGUCCUCAAAUCAUGGGACUUUGUUCCGGAAAAAUCUGGCAUGGUGACUCUGCGUGGGAUGACUCUCAUCGACGGCACCAACAUGAAGACUCUGAUACCUACCUAUUACAAGGAUUGCGAAUCGACCUGGGGUUUGCCUAUGUAUGCUGUUCACCGUGUUGAUCUGCACACUCAACUAAGAGAGCUUGCGACUCAACCUGAAGGGCCAGGAUGUCCCUGCGAGGUGCGCGUGCGAGCCAAAGCCGUUGACUACGACGCGCGCAACGGAACAGUCACUACUGAAGAUGGCGAAGUCCUGCAAGCUGAUCUUGUUGUAGCGGCAGAUGGGAUUCAUUCUACUGCCGUCAGGCAUGUCCUUGAAGACGACCAGGUUGUUCAGGCUGGUGAUACCGGUUGGGCGUCACAUAUGAUUGUCGACUCAGCCACAAGAUAUUUCACGGCGGCAGAGGGUGCGGCUGGUCUGGUGUGGUAUCCGUGUAGAAAUAAUGAGGUGCAAAACUUUUUGUACCUUUCUAGGGAAUUCGAUACUUCUCAUGUCGGUGAAGAUUUCCGGGCGAUGGUCGACCAAAGCAUGCCCCUAGAAUAUGCGCAAAAGCACUUUUCCCCGGCCCUGCACAGUGUGAUCAAAAAAGCUAGAGACGUGAAGUUCUGGAAACUGAUUGCCAGGGGGCCGAUCCCCAAGUGGCACAAGGACCGAUUAGUCUUGAUCGGAGAUGCAGCCCAUCCAAUGCUGACCUUCCAGGGCCAAGGUGGCGGACAAGCCAUCGAAGACGGUGCCGCUCUCGGUAUACUAUUCGACCAAGUUCAUGAAAAAGGUGCCAUCGAAGAGAGACUGCAGCUCUUUGAGCAAGUUCGCCGGAACAGAGGCUCUGCGUUGCAAAUUCUUUCCAACACGAACCCGCCAGCAUCGCAAAGCGUUCGUGAUGCUGCUGCCGCGUAUCUUCCGGCUGGUACGAGGCUUGAUUCUACAGAUGAUAUUAACGACUAUGUCUUUUCGUUUGAUGUGAUCGGAGAAUGCAAGGCAGUUCUUGCUACUGCCUAA